AGAAAAAAAAAGUGUUAAGGUGUGUGACGGAAGGGGCGCGUGGGCAAAGGGUAUGUUGUAGAAUUGAGUUGGAAAAGAAAAAACCUUAACGCACAGCGCAAAACAAAAACGCAGGAAGAGGAAGAAGUGCAUUGACCAAUGAAUGAGAGUUUAGUUUAGUAAGUUUAGUGAGUCGUUGUUGUUCUUCUGCUUCUUCUGUUUUGCUUUCUCAAUCAUAUCCCUCCCACUUUCUUCCCUUUUCCCCUCUCUUCAACUUCCAAAACCCCACAACAACUCAUGGAAGCGCUGAAGCUCUAGUUCUUCAACGCACCAAAACCAAUACGCGCUUCUUCGUCUUAUGGCAUGUCUCAGGAGGAGGAACCACUGCGUACAACGCCUUUCAAUUCCCAUUUUCAUCCUCCUCGCCAACUAAACCCCUCAUCGCUGCUUUCUUUCUCACCCCAUGACAAUUUCUCGCCUCUUCUGCCCCUUCCUUCUACUCUUCUUCGCUCCUAUAGCUUCUGUGCAAGCGUUCACCGGGACCUAUGGUAUAAAUUAUGGGAGGAUUGCAAAUAAUAUUCCUUCACCCGAUGAAGUUGUUACUCUUCUCAGAGCAGCAAAAAUAAGGAACGUUAGAAUCUACGAUGCGGAUCACAGUGUUCUCAAAGCAUUUAGUGGAACUGGGCUUGAAAUUGUAGUGGGGCUCCCCAAUGGGCAGCUGCAAAAUAUGAGUUCAAAUCCAGACCAUGCUUUGAGCUGGGUAAAAGAAAAUGUACAGUCAUUUCUCCCUGGCACACGCAUUCGUGGAAUUGCUGUAGGCAAUGAAGUUUUGGGUGGGGAUGACUAUUCUUUGUGGGGAGUUCUUCUGGGUGCUGCUAAAAAUAUUUAUAAUGCUACCAGGAAACUUCAUCUGGAUCAACUGGUUCAGAUUUCUACAGCAAACUCAUUUGCGGUUUUUGAAAUUUCAUACCCUCCCUCCUCUGGUAUAUUUAAAGAUAAUGUUAAGCAGUAUAUGAAGCCACUACUGGAGUUCUUCCAGCAGAUUGGUUCUCCUUUCUGUUUGAAUGCUUACCCUUUCCUAGCCUAUGCAAGUGAUCCUGAACAUAUUGAUAUAAAUUAUGCACUUUUUGAACCAACAAAGGGAAUUUACGAUCCAAUCUAUCGUCUGCGUUAUGAUAACAUGCUUGAUGCUCAGAUUGAUGCAGCCUAUGCUGCUUUAGAGAACGUUGGAUUUGACAAAAUGGAAGUCAUAGUUACCGAGACUGGCUGGGCCUCAAAUGGAGAUCAAAGUGAAGCCGGAGCAAAUGUAACUAAUGCAAGGACAUAUAAUUAUAAUCUGCGAAAAAGGCUUGCUAAGAGGAAAGGAACCCCACAUAGGCCUAAAAAUGUUGUGAAGGCAUACAUUUUUGCAUUGUUCAAUGAGAACGAGAAGCCCGGACAUUCAUCUGAGAAUAACUAUGGACUCUUCAAGGCUGAUGGGACUAUAUCGUAUGACAUUGGAUUUCAUGGACUUAAUGCUGGAGAUUCUUCUCUUUUGUCUCUUAAGAAUAUCAAUACUCAAGGUUUGUCCCGGUCCUACACCAUGGUAUUCUCUUUAUCUUCUUUGAUACUGCUGAUUUUCUGGAGUUAGUGAUCUUAAGAUAUCAACCUGCUCAGCAAACCAGUUCCUGGCUUCCUGCCCCGCAUCAUGUCUUAAUAUAGAUCAAAAUUAUACCAUUGAUUGUCAAAUUUCAUAAAGCAAUAUUUAGAAAUUCUGAGGUUUCCCCAUAUUCAGAAAAUGUGUAAUUAUUUCACUUGAGAAAGCAUUUUCCUUUCUUCGAUGAGAUCUAGGAUUUUUCAGAUUUUACUAAUACAUGCUAAAUUUUGGACACACAAGUUUCAAUUUUAUCCAAUGCAUUUCAAAUU